AUGAGAGUAAUCGACACGGAAACGCUCAAACUUGUUGAAUUUCAUGAUCUACCACCAGACCCAUAUGUGACACUUUCACACACAUGGGGCGAGGAUGAAGUCACAUUCCAGGAUAUGACUGCACUGAGCAAUGAGGAAACCAGCUUGCGAAACAGAAGUAUUAUCGAAUCCAAGCAUGGUUUUGAGAAGAUCAAGUCGACUUGCGCGAAGGCGAAGAACGACGGAUUCUCUUGGGCAUGGGCCGACACAUGCUGCAUCGACAAAACGAGUAGCGCGGAGCUUUCCGAGUCUAUCAACUCCAUGUUCCGCUGGUACAGGGGGUCUGCAAUAUGUUACGCGUAUCUGGCCGACAUACCCACAGCCGACCAAGUUGUUGAUAUCUGGAACGAAGACAAGUUUGACCCCGCAGGACUCUUCAGCAAUUGCCGGUGGUUCACUCGAGGCUGGACACUCCAGGAACUCCUGGCUCCUGACGUGGUCGAAUUCUACGCCGCAGACUGGAACGAGAUUGGCACCAAAUCGUCCCUUGCGGCGCGCAUCGCGGAUAUCACAAAAAUCGACAUUGACGUUCUGGAAGGGCACAAGUCUAUCCACAGGCGCUGCGCGGCAGAGCGAUUAUCGUGGGCUGCCUCAAGACAAACGACUCGUGCGGAAGACGUGGCGUAUUCGCUGCUCGGUAUCAUGGACGUGAACAUGCCCUUGCUAUACGGAGAGGGCAAGCGCGCUUUUAUUCGACUGCAGGAAGCCAUGUUGAAGGAAAGAGAGGACUACUCUCUUCUGCUUCCAAACCUUGCGAUUCAACUUACUUCGAGACUCAAGGAAUACGGCCCGCUUCGUAGCGAUACUGUCGUCUCACUCGGGCCAGACUCGGAACGGUCACCGCCGCUGGCAGAGGAUCCAAGCAAUUUCUUCGUGGAGGACCCGAAUAUCUGGUCCUAUGCGAUGAUCAAUAACUGGUCAGCUGCAGAAUCCGCCAUGGGCAUCGAGAACCAUCACGCGCCGUAUCUCACCCCAAGAGGCCUGCAAAUCUGUCUACCGCCAGCUGUGGAUGGUUCUACCCGGGUCAUGUCCAAGCGUUUCGAUACUUACUGCAGAACGAUGAACUUCUGCAUCGUAAUAGGACUAAGCGGUAGUCCAGUCGGGAGGAACUAUGUCCGCACGCGCGCGUUUGACCUGGUUCCACGCGACGGAGUAACGAGACGGGAAAAGUUCGUCCACAGGUUUCAGAGCAUUUGCAUUAUCCAUCUGUCUAAAAGAAAUCUUACACGCCGGAGUACUCACAGCGCAAUCACUGGACCACAAUACGCCUCGCUCUGGUGGACGAUCGACACUGCCUCUCUCUCACCGAUUAUGGACGUGGAGUGGUUGGAGAAGCCAUAUGACGCCUUGGCCAUUGGACCCGAACUCUGGCACAGGGUUCUUGCUCUGGGAUGGUGCACGCGGGCUCCGGUGUAG